UAGUGCUAUUGGAGAUAAUUUGUUUUUAAUAACGUAACAAAAAUAUUGAUUGUCAUAAGUAAUAAUUAGUUUUAACAGUAAUUAUGUUUAUUAAUAUUUAUUAAAUAAAUCAGAUUUAUAUUAUUUACAAAAAUUAACAGUAAUUAAAAGGGAUGCAUUUAACCCGAGUAGACAAUUCAGUAUUUGCGCCAUCAGCAAAUCUGGUGAAUUUAGUAAUCGACGAGGUAGCGUUAGAAGGUCUAGAUGGAAUAACAUUAGACACAUUAUGGAUCAGACUGGGUGCACGAUUGCAGACUCAAGACGAGUUUCCUCCAGCAUUCAAAGAGCAAGUAUGGACAAUUUGUACUUCAAGCCGAGGAAUAAAUUUUUACAUUUUAGAAGUACCAAGAGCUCCGCUGAUUAUUUACGACCGGUACGAGUACGUAGACCCCGACUUGGGAAUUAUAACCGAACCAGACGACAUUCCAGAUGAUAUUUACAAGUACUAUCCAGUAGAUGACGUCAAAAACGGUGUCAAAGGCUCUUGCAAAAGCUAUCACACACGCAAGCUGGUUACCAACAUGAAUUCUGUAAGCUUGCAAGAAGCUAGCGAAAAGUACGGUGCGACUCUAGUGAUCGUUGCCUCCCAAGAAUUAAGACAGGAAGCUUUAUUAGGAGACAGCGUUAGCCCGACGUUGGAGCUGAGUGUUGUUCAAUAUUGUUUUUUGGAACGAGUCGGAAGAUCUCGGUACCAUGGAGAAGUCACUCAGGGUAAGAACAGUUUGAGUGUUCUAAAUGAAGAUCCGAAGACACUUUUUUACUACCGAAAGUUGCUGCUAAAGCACAAGCUGAUAACAAAGCAAUCGCACUAUCAAAAGACAUCAGGACAUGGAAGUGCUGGAAGUUUGAUGCAUUUACCGCGUUUUUUCGUCGAGCGCAAACCUAAGAUGGUUUUUUUAGCUGAGAGGAUCAUUGAGAUGCUCAAGAGUCGUGAAAAUUAUCUGAUGGACUACCGGGAGAUAAAAAAAGAGUUGCAAAUUGAACAUAGUAUCAAGCGUUUGUUUAAAACUUCUUUUUUUCAGAAAGUCGCCAGAGCUGAUUUAAAAGUUAGGUACCGAGAAUUAUAUCCCAAUGCACCUGACUCUGAGUGGCAACGCAAGGGAUGUCCGUCCAAGGAGAAGAUAAUUCAGGCGGUGCAAUUACUUGAUCCUAAGGUAGAUGCAAACACUCUGUGGAAUAAAGAAGACAUGGUUGAUGACGAAGAUUGUUAUGAUCUUGAUGUUUCUAAUCAACUUCUUAAUGAACCGGUUUUGAAGCAAGCUAACAGUAUCGUGGAACGUGCUAAUGUCCACGGUAUUAGUCAACGAGAUCUUGGCGUGCAAAUGGGUAUGACUAAGCUGCAAUCACGAACGAUAUUAAGGAACUUGUCGAAGCUGAAUGUUAUUGGAACUUAUAUGGACUUUUCCGGGAGACAGAGGGUCAGUAAAUUUGUGUCGAAAAAAUAUGAAAAACGCAGUAGGAUUAGUAAACAAUUUAAUUCGGAGAUUCGUAAAAUGAACAAGUUACGUAAAGAGACUUUAAAUGAAGUUGCUAGGCCUAAUGCCACUACGGCAAUGGAUUUCUUUUAUCCUCUUGGCUCUAGUGACAAUAGUGUCAAUAUUACUAGUAUUGAUUAUAAAACUGUCGAAACUACUCCUGCUAUUGAAUAUCAUCCGGCUCGUGAGGAAAAUAUCGAUGAUCCAAAUAUUAUUGUUAAUGACUUUGAAACUGUUAAUGUUGAUACUUUUAAUGCAAAUGACGCUGAUAGGAUCGAAGAUUUUUCUGAGGAACAAACUUUUGCAGACACCAAAGGCCAAAUAAUUUCGAAAGCUACUGAGACAAUUAUUUCUGGUGAUAUUAAAUUCGACGCGCGAAAUUCUCAACAAAAUGUUGCUGAAGAAAAUUAUGUUGAAGCUACGAUAAAUUGUCCGACGGCUAAGGAAUGUAAUUUAAAUAUUGAAAUGGAAAUUGUAAACACUCCGAUAAAAUUAGAAACACUCGAUGUUAAUCGUUAUCACUUAUUUUCGGUUGCAAAUAAAGUAUUGAAUAAAUACUCAAAGGUGAGAAAUAAAAGUAUAUUUCAGAAGCGUAGUCACUUUAAAGUUGGAUUUUUUAAUGUCGCUCAUUUAGAUUUAUCGAGAUUAUCUUCAAUCUCUUGUGUUAACCGUUGGAGACGUAGAAGAAGAAAAGUUAAAUCUGCAAAAAAUCAGAAUCGUAAGCCAAAAGAAGCUAUUGUUGUAAGUUCUGUGGGUGAAAAGUGCUAUUCUGGAAGAAGCAAAUCAAAUUCUGUGGAUACUAAAGAAUGCAUUCUUCCAGAAAAUUUUGAACCAAAUCCGAAUAUUGAAAAUCAUGAGUCGGAAUGUACAGCGGUGAGUCCUGCUUUGCAUCCUGAAGAUCAUAUUCUUCCCGAACGAAUUGAUUCAAAUAUAUUGGGUGGCGAAGAUGCUUCUCGCAAACGAGUUCAUCCGGAUGAAUCUUUAAGUAAUGAAGAUAUAAAUACAAAAAGAAUAAAAAUAAGCAGUAAUUUGUUCCACGAGCAACCAGCGAAUACUGAAAUGAAUGCAGUAAUUAAUAUCGAACCUGAAGAUUAUAAUUCUGGAUUUUAUAAUCAAGAUAAUUAUUACAAUGAGGGUUAUCCAGAAGGAUAUUGCGACGAUGGUUAUAAUCCAGAAGAAUACUAUAAUGCUGAAGGUUAUAACCCAGAAAACUGUAAUACAGAAGGUUAUAAUCCGGAAGAGAGUUAUAACCUAGAAGACAAUUACGAUAAUUCUUGGGUUGAUGACGAUGACGACGAAAAGAUAAUUGACGCAACAACAACGUCAACCGCUUACUCUUAUCGGAUGCUCAAGAGGUUAAAUCUGAUAAUAACAAUGGUAAAAGAGCACAAAGUUGUCGAUGACCCUUCCAAGCUGAUGAAAAUGAUAAACCAACAUGAGGAAAGUGAAGGAUACGAUGUUAAAAUGGACAAGAAGUCAUUGAUGAGGAUGUUACAGCGAUUAGCGCGUGAUAAUUUGGUCAAGAACAUGAAAUUGACCCUGAGCGGCAAUGGCAGGAAAAAAGUUCUCUUCUUCGUAUGUGACAAGAAUAUUAAUGUAAAUCACUCGGUAAUUCAAUCAGCGGUCGAACAGGCUAAAAUAAAGUUCUGUUUAACGCCUCCCACUAAGAAGGUUGUUAAAAUGAACAGCCGAUCGGGGACUUCCAAUGAAAUGUCUGCGAAGUCUACGGACCCUACCAAAACAGAUUCUACUGUUCUGGUAGCUAAUGAGAAAGAUAAUCCUAAAGUGCCGGCCCUUGAGGUCAAAUUCGAUUUAAAGGCCGGAAGAGAUUACGGUUACAAGCCGAAGUUUAUCCGCAUGAAAAUAAUGCACAAGCUUUUGUUUUACUUGAUUUACGAGUACAAGGGAGAAAAUCUAUCAAAGAUAGACCAGAUCGAGCGACUACGUGCAGAAGGUAAUGAGAUAUCUGAAAAAAUGGCGGAAGAAAUGUCCGAAAUUUAUUACAGAGACGUUGACUGGAGAAUGUUUAUUCCGCCUCUGCCGCAGCACAGUACCUGGGAAAGAGGAUGGGCUAUGAUUUCCGAUAUCAUUCUUCGUUUACCACUCUCUAUCUUCCUGGAAAUUCACAAGCUUCCGUUUUACCUCCCAGCUUUGAACUACUACCUCAACCACCCAAUCAGAAAGCAUUAUUUGAUGAAAGACCUCCCAAUGUUAAUUCGCAGUCAGAUUUUCAGGAACCGUAAGUAUAUUUAUUCCAUUAUCGAGACUAUUCAGCGGCUCGCCUACAUCGGACUGGUACAAUUUGGCCCUCAGAAGUUCAAAGAAAAGGAUCAUGUUUUUAUUUAUCUAAAUACGCGGAGUCAAUUGGUAGACACGACGCCCUCAGCUCCCGGGUACCACAAAAUUGAAGAGAGAGAAUAUUCCGUUCAGAGUUACACUUUCGACAGGUUACAAACUGUUGAGAAUUACUGGUACGACAUGUGGCAAAUUUGUGUUUGUACCAGAUUGGGAGGCCGUCAAACUGUCGAAGGAACGGAAAUAACUUUAGAAGAUCUGACAAAAAAACCGGAAAUGAUUCAAUGUUUGAAACAGGUACUUCCUAAUGAAGUUGCCUCACAAGAUUUAGGAAUAUUACCGGGAGACAGAAAAGGUGCAGCGGGAAUUGACUCGGCUUUCUUUUCGCAUCUUAAACGCAAUUGGAACUGGGAGAACUUCCACUCAAGUGUGUCUCUGAGGUCGAUGAAAAAGCAAUCGGAUAAAGAACGCACUGCUCGGUUGGCGAAGGUCGAGGUCAAGCCCCUCAAGUAUACAGAGUUUAAGGGGUUGAAAAAAGUUACAGGGCCAACAACUAUUAUUGCCAAUAAACCGCCGGUCAAGAAACAGAAAGUUAACCCUAAUCCUGCGCCGCCUAAGUUAGUCGUGAGCACCAUUACGCAUCGACCAGAUAAGAUUGUAAGAAAAGUUUUGCCCAGGAAGCGCCAGGAACGGAAGCGUGUUCAUUAUGACGAGAUCGAUCACCAAGCUCUUCAAAAUAUGAAAAUGCAACGAGUCAAUUGGGAUGCACGAGAAGAUCACAUUCUUUCGAUAUGCAAAAUUGUUAUGGUGUAUCUUUGCCCAAAUCCUCGGGCUCAACUUUUAUCAUUUUCUGUGAUCAGAGACGUCUUGAAAUUUUACUCCAAAACCUCUAUCAACAAAACUUCACGCGCGUGCCAACGGAGAAUGUUUAACAUAUAUAAAAGACCCCAGGUAGCUUUGGCUGUUACUUUGGGUGUCGAAGAGCUCAAAGAAAAUCCUUAUAUCAGGAAAAAGUAUCACAAUAUUGUGGACGUUAUUCGUUCGAAUUAUGAACCUCAUCAGCAUGAUGAAAAAAUAACCAGUGUUUUCAAAGCUAUUUGCCAUUAUGUGGCAAGAAAACAUCAUCUUUCACAGAAAGAUCCUCCAGAAUCGACACAUCAGCCAGCCACUCUCGGAGAAUUCCAUCUUUUGUUUAAGAUUAGUCGUCCUCAAGGACCGGAGGAAGGCUUCACUAAACCAGUGCGUAACAUAAAUGACAUCCAUUCCUCUACUAUUAAUUCAAUUAUUUUUAGCUCUAUCUGUUCCGGUAAAGAUCGUCGUUCGUCGACGUAUCAAUUGUAUCGUAUUUAUCAGCAGUAUCCAGAAUUUUUGCUGAAAAGCGCAAUUACCCAAAUAAAAAAUGACAAAACAGUAUCCAUUAAAAAGCAGUUUGAAUCAGUCUUGAAAAGAAUUGGUAAUGGAUGCUGCAUGCCAAUGACCAGCUCUCAGAUUCAACUGAGCUGUAAAUACAACUACUUAUUUCAAUCGGUAUUUUCACUGGAAAUUUUCAGUGAAGCGCAAGUAUUUCUUCAGAAAUUGAUCGAAGGUUACGCGAGCAAUUCUCUUGGUUCAGAACAUGGUGUCGAAUUUGAUUCGCCCACUGGAGGAGUAAUUUUAGGACUCCAGGAAUUUUUGGCAAACCAGAAUCUUGAUUUUAAUAUUAAAAUACCUGAUUACGUUAUUGUUCUUGACCAGGAAAUGCCAGAGCAUGAUACGGGUUUUAAGAAGGUCGCUGAAAGGUAUCAGAAUAUUUUGUGUAGUUUGGAGAAUGCUGAAACCAGAGAAGAACAAGAAAAGGAAAAGCAGCCACAGGAUUUGGAGCAAAGAGAAGAUGUCUCUGAAAAUGAUGAUUCUCCAGCAGAUAUUUCUGUUGUUGCUGUUAAAGCUACUAAGAAAAAUCCGUUAAGGAAAGAUUCUUGGGGCUGGCAAAAAUCUGAUACUGGUAGCAAUAGUAGUAAUGGAUUGGUACUAAAUAGCAGUAGUCAAAGUAAUAUCCAAAGACCAGUCAGAGGUUGUCAAUUCGUACUUGAUGACAGUGACGACGAAUUAGAGUUUAAAACUUCAAUAGACGGUCGGGAAAUAAUAAUUACUAAGGGUGAUAUUGAUAAUAACAAGUCAUCGUUCAUCGAAAAUGAUAUGCAUGAAGCAUUUAGACAGACAAAAUUAGGAAACUUGAACGAUUUGCCAGAAAAUCUAGGCAGCGAUGACCAAGAAGAGGAUCCGCGUGAAGCUUUACUGAACUUGGUUAACCAAGUUACGAUGGGCUCAUCGAUUGAUGAGCUGAAUAGGAUCGUUAAUGAGCACAUUCCUAUGGAUGUUGAUGAUGAGCGGACAACUAAGCAGUCUAUACGACGUGCAGCCAUAAAACGCGGAAGAACUGACCAAGAUGAUGGCUUUGAGUUUGUAAAUAUUGAAGAUUUUGACCACGUUAAUGAAGAGCCAGAGAGCCGAAGAAAUGUUUCGAAUAUGGUUAAUGAUAUCAUUGCAAAUGUGAAUUAUUGUCAUGAAUCAAGAAAUCAAAGUCGUGUUCGAGAUGAAGAUACUGGUGAGACGCGGAAAAAUUUUACAAGAAUAGCGUUGCUUAAAGUACGCGCCGAGUUAAAUGAAAAAUUACAUAAUUUACCAGAUAGCCAUCACGCCCAUGAAUAUUUUGCUGUAAGUAAAUUUAGACUUUAUUAUUCCAUGCCCAAGAUUGAUAAAGAGAUAAUCACUAAUCCACAUUUUGUUAUCGACGACAGAGUUAAAGAGAAUUUAUUUUUAUUAAAAAAUGACUCUUACAAAAAUGUUGUUCAAGAUUUGAACAAAUUUGCAGUCUUUCCGAAAAAUCGGCCCGAUUACGAGAGUGUUAAGGAAGAUCUUGAGACUCAGGGGACAAUUGAGUCUUUUGAAAUUGAUCUUAUUUAUGAUUAUGUCCGCAAUAAACGUGAACAAGGAGCAACUCUCAAAGAAUUGACCAAUAAAUUUUACCGAGUACUCGAGGAAAAAUUGUAUGAUAUUCUUUCUUACAUGACUAAUUGCCGUCUCUUCUUGCGGUCUGGUGUUACGGAGAUGCAUUACAUUCAUUAUUCUUACGCCGAACCCUGGUAUGUUGAGUCGAUUAAAAUCUUACGAUUACUGCGUGAAUCCUUGCCACUUUUCCCACCCGGAAGUGUUUAUGUUUUUAACUCUACGAAUCAUUACACCCAGUCUACGAAAGUAUCAGACACAUAUUUGUCCGAGAAGAUUACUAAAGUUGUUGAUUUCGGUGAUUGUAUUGACGACGAUGAUGAUGGUAAUGAUAAAAAUCCUGACGAUAAUGAUAAAAAUCCUCAUAAUAACGAUAAUAAUAAUGAGAACGAUGAUAAUAAUCUGAGUAAUAAGAUCGUCCAAGAUGAUAAUGUUACCAAUGACAAUAACAAUGCCGAUCAAGAUCAUGAAAAUAAUCAUGAUGAAGAUGUUAGUGUAAAUAAAAAUGCUGAUGAUGAUCAAGAGAAUAUUCCUAAAGUACCAAAAAAUUCUGACGAUAAUGAUAAAAAUUCUAAUGAUAACGAUAAUAAUAAUGAGAACGAUGCUGAUAAUCAUCUGAGUAAUAAGACUGUUCAAGAUGAUAAUGUUACCAAUGACAAUGACAAUGCCAAUCAAGAUCGCGAAAAUACUAAUCAUGAAAAUGAUCGUGGUGAAGAUGUUAGUGUAAAUAAAAACGCUGAUGAGAAUCAAGAGAAUAUUUCAAAAGUAUCAAAAAAUUCUGACGUUAAAGUACUUUAUCCAAAGAGUUCUCGUGGAAAUGUUGGAUUUUUAUUACAAACUCAAGAUAUUGAUUCUGCAAUCAAAAACUUAGAUUUCAGUUCAGCCGAAAAAAUAAACGUGGUAGUAAGACCAUGGAUAAGAAUUGACGGGACGGUUAAUCGCAUGAUAUUAGAAAAAAUGCUUGGAGCAAUACUAUCACACUGUUUAAUGCACCCUGGUAUUGCGUUAUCACAAGUGCAAACAAAAUUUGUGCCAGCAUUACAGCCUUAUCAUACUCGAGAGCUCGUUGAGAUACUUGUCAAACUGGAUUGUUUAUCAUUAAGAGUAGUACGUAAACCACCUUGUACAUUGUUUUCAAGCGCUUCAUCAAUAAAACUAUAUUAUCCAGCCAAAAGUGAUGGAUCUUCAGAGCUUGAAAGUGAAAUAAUUGUCGAAACAACAAUAGGUGCAGUCAUAAAAUUCGGUACUUUUAUUCGCUAUUAUCUCUCACGUAAAGCAAAUAUCAAUGACUCUACUGAUAAUAAUGAUGGAAAUGGUGAAAGUGAAUCCAUUUAAAGAUUAAUAUAAAGAUAUUAUUUAAAAAAAAUUUAUAAUUUCAAUAAAGAAAACAUUUUUAUAA